CCCAGAGAAAGGGGGCGUGGCCCGCGUGUGACAGUGUGCGGCUCCCUAAGUUCUACCUCAUUCGCUAUAACCCCGCCCCGUGACCAAUCGGCGGCCCGGCUUCUAGAACGCUCCUUAUAUGGUCAGAGCGCUGGGGAGCGCGCGGCAUAAAACCGGCGCGAGUUGCAGAGCCUCCUGAGUGACCCGCCCGCUUAGCACACAGCAGUAUCUGCAGCACAGCAACAACAGCCACUCCUCACGGUAAGAUACAGAGCGCGCUUCCUCUCCCCCGCCCUUAGCAUAGACCAGGGCCGUAGCCUUUCUCGCAGGCCUCAUUUGUAUUAUCUUGUCAGGGGGGCAAUUGUGGGAUAGUGUGUGGAACUUUCUAAACUGUAUGGGCUUUGUCAUCCUUUUGUUCCCCUAUUGCUGGACCCUAAAAGCCUGUGGGGGAAAUAAAAAAAUGUCUUAUAAAAGUUUACACAACUGCUACAGCAUUACAACUCCCCCCCGCUCAGCGUCACGGCUGGCCUCAUGGGAGUCAAGGUUUCCUGUCAGUUUUGACUGCGGUCUGUGGCGAAUACUAUAGACUGUACAGUAUAUUACUGGAUGGAUGGUCAGCCAUUUUGUAUGUAUUAGCUGCCUCUUGUAAUCCAAGGUUGCUGUAAUAUCCUCUAUUGACUUGGUGCUGGGACCCCUGAUUUGCCUUUGUAAUGACUUUCUGGGUGGGGGUCAGGCAUGGGGUGUAGCCUGGAAGGCCUGUGUGAAUAGGCUCUUGCUGUGUAGACUGAGAACCGUUAGUUUGGGCGGUUCCUCGUGACUAAUGGGGAUGGGAUGUACUGCCAUGCUUCUGUUCUUGCAUGCUUUUCAUAAGUGGAAACAGAAUUGAGAGGCAAGCGUUAAUAUAAUCAGUUGAUGCCUAUUUAAAAAACUUACAUUGUGAAAUCGUGACUGGCAUUGUUCCAGUUGGCCAUGCUCAUAACUGCUGCGGGCGUGGGGCUGGGUUAGUGUAAAGUAAAUGGUCACUAGAUCAUAUCUUCAUGCUACACACGUUGCAGUCUGUCCCCUGCCACUGGGUGUUUCUAGCAUUAUGGAGGAAAUGGCUUAGUCAUCUCUUAAGACAUUGUAUGGAAUGCACAGAAAUAUCUGGGUUUGGCCGGUGGGCUGACUCGUGAUGUGCUUGCCCACUUCCUCCCCCUCCCAGAUGAGUAUAUACCCUCCCCCUCCCCUUGAAAAUCUGGUUUGUUACCUUAUUUGGUAAAUCUGAGACUGGAGGGACUUCCCUUUGUCUCAUUCUAUAAAGAAAUGGUGCAAACCCAUACGCUAUCUACUGGCGGCUGCUGGUAAGUGCAGCCAUUGGACAGGAAGUGAAUUGAUGCGGUCUUUGCACUCACUGUGCAGGACUUUGGACUUAUUUUAACGUAUAUAUAAUUUCAGAUCACAAUGGAAGACGAUAUUGCUGCCCUGGUUGUUGACAAUGGUUCUGGUAUGUGCAAAGCUGGCUUUGCCGGAGAUGAUGCUCCUCGUGCAGUAUUUCCAUCAAUUGUGGGUCGCCCCAGACACCAGGUAUGUACUGUGGCCACUGGUCUGGAAUUUUUUUCUUUUUAAUAUAAAGUUCUGAGUGCAUUAACUUUAAUAUGUAAGAUUUAAUGUUUUAGUUUUGCCAUGAAGUUAUAACAAACAUUUAAUAGAAGUGAACUUAUCUUAUGCCACACUCUACAGAACUUUAGUCUAAAUAUUUUUUUUUUUUUUACAACUCUUAACCUUAUGUGCUUGCUUUAAAUUACAAAUAACAUAUUUAGUGACUUUAUCUUGCUCCUGAAAACUUGUGAAAAUCCAGAUGCAGUCUUGGAAAUUGAAUUGUAGCUUUUAUGUAUUACAUAAAACCCAUAAUGGCAUGUAACACAUUGUUUAGAAUUCCAUUUUAAUCAGGUGUAGUGGCCACUAAUUAAAAAAAGUUGUGGCCAAAACUUUCCACUUUCAACUGAGGCAGUUUCUGUAGAUAAUUUGUAAAGUGUUUAUAUAGUUAUUUUUGUACAGAAGUCUCUUGGAAACUUUUUGAAUAGUGAAUCAUUUGGAAAGAUGAAACAAAUCAGGGCAUUACACUAGAGAACACUCACAAUUAUUGGAUCAAAAUUGUAUGUAUUAUGGCUAGGCGUGGCUCACAUGGUAGACAUUUUCAUGUAACCAUAAUAUACAGCUCAUCUGGACCUGCACGCUUUUUCCUGUACAUCAUGUACAGAUUUGUUUUAACCUGUAAGUGUUCCCUUAACUGCAAAUUGGCUCCUGUCCUCGAGGGAGCCCAGUCUGCCCCUCAAAAGGGACGGUCUUUGCUCUAGGGGCUAACUGAGCACUUAAGGUAUGUUUACACAUUAUGAUAAAGUAACAAUUUCAUUGUUUUUCAGGGUGUCAUGGUUGGUAUGGGACAAAAAGACAGCUAUGUAGGAGACGAAGCUCAGAGCAAGAGAGGUAUCUUGACCCUGAAAUAUCCAAUUGAACAUGGAAUUGUCACCAACUGGGAUGAUAUGGAGAAGAUCUGGCAUCACACAUUCUACAAUGAGCUGAGAGUUGCCCCAGAGGAGCACCCAGUGCUGUUGACUGAAGCCCCUCUGAACCCUAAAGCCAAUCGUGAAAAGAUGACACAGGUACCCAUCCAUCAAAAAAAAUGUGUUCUGAAAGCUCUAUAUAUUUUGGUUUAUAUAAAACUUGCUGUCCAUUGCAGGGCUUCCUUUGAUCUGGGUCACCUUUCCUGGAAUUCUUACAGGUUUUAUUUCUUUAACUCAAUCUCUUGGUUUUCUUGCCUAACUGAAGAUACUAACAACUGUGCAAUUUGAAUAGUUGGAGCUUUAAUUCUAAAACUUGAAUGGUUUGUAUAUGAGAGCUCACUGCCUGCCCUCUUCACACAUUUGGCUUUGCCUGAUUUUCUUUAUUUUUUUUUAAAAAAAAAAAAAGCUUAAGGUUGUGGAGUGCAGUAAGUCACAUCAGUUCUGCAACUGCACAUGCAUGGUUUGUGGCACUCUAGUGUUCUGAAAUUCCCCUUCUAACUGCACCAUCUUUUCCUGCAGAUCAUGUUCGAGACCUUCAACACACCAGCCAUGUAUGUUGCCAUCCAGGCUGUGUUGUCUCUGUAUGCCUCUGGACGUACCACUGGUAUUGUGAUGGACUCUGGUGAUGGUGUCACACAUACUGUGCCAAUCUAUGAAGGUUAUGCUCUGCCUCAUGCCAUCCUGCGUCUUGACUUGGCUGGACGUGACCUGACAGACUACCUCAUGAAGAUCCUGACUGAAAGAGGCUACAGCUUUACAACCACUGCUGAGAGAGAAAUUGUCCGUGACAUUAAGGAGAAGCUCUGUUAUGUUGCUCUUGACUUUGAGCAGGAGAUGGCUACUGCUGCUUCCUCCUCUUCCCUGGAAAAGAGCUAUGAGUUGCCUGACGGGCAGGUCAUCACAAUUGGUAACGAGAGAUUCAGGUGCCCUGAAGCCUUAUUCCAGCCUUCAUUCCUUGGUAAGUUAAAAAAAAAAAAAAUCAAAACAAAAAACAAAGCACUUUCUGUGAUGUAAAAUCAAACUAAAAAUUCUUUUUAUAAACUCCACUUUCAGGUAUGGAGUCAUGUGGCAUUCAUGAAACUACCUACAACUCAAUCAUGAAGUGUGAUGUAGACAUCCGUAAGGAUCUCUAUGCCAACACUGUCCUGUCUGGAGGUACCACCAUGUACCCAGGAAUUGCUGACAGAAUGCAGAAAGAAAUCACUGCUUUGGCUCCCAGCACUAUGAAAAUCAAGGUAAGUGUGCUGUAAAAAGCUUUUUUCUAAAUAGAAACUCUGGCUCACUAAAAAUGUAUAGGCAGAACUGACAUACAUUCAGAGUUGUAUCUCAAUUAGCCAUGCCAAAACAACAUUCCUAACUGGCUAAUGUCAACUAUAUGCAAACUGGCAUCUGGUCCCUGACUGCACAGGCCCCUGAACUCUCCAGUUAAGGCUGUUGUAAACUAACAAAUAGUUGGUUCAGGAACCAACCAUGAAACAUCCAGACUUUAUUUGAAACCAUACUACCAGACACCUUAAGAGCUACCUAAGGAUCACAAACACUUCAAGUAUAAUUUGGUAAAGAUCAAUAACUAUAUAAUCUCUUACAGAUCAUUGCCCCACCUGAGCGUAAAUACUCUGUCUGGAUUGGAGGAUCCAUCUUGGCUUCUCUGUCCACCUUCCAACAAAUGUGGAUCAGCAAGCAGGAAUAUGACGAAUCUGGACCAUCCAUUGUCCACCGCAAAUGUUUCUAAAUGGACUAACCCAUUUCAAACACCUGUGCAGGAAGAUCACAUUGGCAUGGCUUUCCCCUACUUUUGUUGGCGCUUGGCUCAGGAUUCAAUAACUGGAAUGCAGAGAUGGCAAGCAUAAACUACAAUGCAACUGAGGACUGUACAUUUCUUUUUUGUUUCUAGUCAUUCCAAAAGUGUAAUGCAUUGUUUUGGAGGUAAAUCUCCAGUUAAUGCUGCCCAGCUGGUGAGAGCCCUUACAGAAAUCAUGGUGAUCAUAUAGCUUGUAUGUUCUGCUAUGUACCCAAACAUGUCUUUUGUAUCUUCAGCCUUGAACAUUUUGUAACUUGUUUGAUCCAGCAAUUGACUCCACUUAACAUCUGGAAGGUUUACAUAGUCAUUGAUCUCAGUAAGCUGUGAGGGGUUACCUGUGCACUUAACUGAAAAUAAAAGUUACCAUGUUUCACAUCAAAUCUGUCUAAAGGCUCUUAACAU